GAAUAUGAAAAGAUUCACCGAUGUGACAUAUGUCAAUAACUCUUUUUUGGAGACACGCCACAAUACCGAGUGCUCAUUAUUCUGUGAGCACGUGAAUGCAGCAGAAGGACGUAACGGGAACGCGCAUGCGCAGAAAUCGGCAGUCAAAUCGGCGAGCUGGCGCCAAACGCAGUGUGUCGCGCACGUACGGGGGGAAGCAGAGCGGCUCCUCGCUCCGGAACCGGCUGCUAACCGCUCGACGCCGUCUUCUGGACGCUGGGAAAUGUGUGACGGCCUCGACAAGUCCGCACAAAGCGCGUCCUUUGUAGCGCGUCCGUGAACGCAGCAGCUGAUCCAGUAGCGACGCUCAAGAUGCCUUCACUGACUCUCAAAGGGGUGACGGUGAAUUUCCCCUUCACCCCGUAUGACUGUCAGAAGGACUACAUGGGCAAAGUGAUUGAGUGUCUGCAGAAGAAGGAAAAUGGGGUCCUGGAGAGCCCCACGGGCACUGGUAAAACUCUGUGCCUGUUGUGUGCCACGCUGGCCUGGAGAGAGCACUUCAAGGACACCAUCUCUGCCCGCAAGAUCGCAGAGAAGUUACAAGGGCAGGAGAUGUUCUCCAGCACACCCAUGUCCUCCUGGGGGACGGCUGCGACGGACGGGGCAACUCCAGUGUACUAUACAGAUAUUCCCAAGAUCAUCUACGCGUCCAGGACUCACUCUCAGCUGGCGCAGGUCAUCGGUGAGCUGAAGAACACGUCGUACAGUCCCAAGGUGUGUGUGCUGGGAUCAAGGGAGCAGCUGUGCAUCAACCAGGAAGUGAUGCGCCAGGAGAGCAACCACGUCAAGGUCCAUAUGUGCAGAGGAAAGGUUUCCACCAGGUCGUGUGUCUACUACAAUAACGUUGAAGAGCGCACCACCGACCGGGAUCUGGUGAACUCCAUCCUUGAUGUGGAAGACUUGGUCAAAUUCGGUAACAAACAGAGGGUCUGUCCUUACUACCUGUCCCGGUCCUUGAAGCAGCAAGCAGACGUGAUCUUCAUGCCUUACAACUACCUGCUGGAUCCAAAGAGCCGCAGAGCUCACAACAUUGAGCUUAACGGAGCCGUGGUCAUCUUUGAUGAAGCUCACAAUGUGGAGAAGACUUGUGAAGAGUCCACUUCGUUCGACCUGACUCCUUACGACGUGGCCUCGGCCGUCAGCGCCGUGGACAAGCUGCUGGUGGAGCAGGCUACAGAAGCCUCCGCCUCCGAGGACUUCAACGUGGAGAACCUCAGCUCUGGUUUGAAAAUCGAUUUAGAAAGCAUUGGUAAGAUCAAACAGAUGCUGCUGGAUCUGGAGGCUGUCAUUGAUUCCUACGAUGUUCCAAGUGACAAAGGCCUCACGAAAGCCGGCAUCUUCAUCUAUGAACUACUAGAGCGCGUCCAACUGACCUACAGCAGCAAGACGGCCGUAUAUGAAGCUCUGGAGCAGAUCAUCGGACACCUAACAGGACGGCCGGGAAUCUUCCUGAACACUAGCGGGCUGCAGAAGCUGGCUGACAUCAUACAGCUGGUGUUCGUUGGUGACCCUUCAGAGAAGGACAAACGGCAGCAGAUGGAGUCCAAUACGGCUCAUUUUAAGGUUCACAUCCACCGAGACAACAGCUAUCAUAAGAAAGCACAAAGCACUGAUGUGUGGGCUUCACAUUCAUCUUCAUCGAAGAAACCAGGGAACAUCCUGAGCUACUGGUGCUUCUCUCCAGGCUUCAGCAUGCAGGACCUGAAGAGCCAAGGCGUGCGCUGCAUCAUCCUGACCAGCGGCACGCUCUCGCCCCUCUCCUCCUUCACCUGCGAGAUGAGGAUCCCGUUUCCCGUGAGUCUGGAGAACAGCCACGUGAUUGAGCGGGACCAGAUCUUCGUCGGCAUCGUUGAACGAGGCCCAGACGGAGUGCCCUUGAGCUCAGCGUUUGACCGAAGGUUCCUCCCUGAAAACAUGGCGUCUUUAGGCAACACUGUGGCUAACCUAAGCCGUGUGGUUCCUGAUGGUCUAUUAGUGUUUUUCCCCUCCUUCCCCUUAAUGGAGAAAACCCUGGACUUCUGGAGAACCAACGGACAUGCAGAGCGCAUUGAGAGCGUGAAGCCCAUGUUCGUUGAGCCGAAAGGAAAGGGCACCUUUAACGAGGUGAUUGAUGGAUAUUACCAAAAAGUCAAUGAUCCAACGUCCAAGGGGGGGACCUUCUUUGCCGUGUGCCGAGGCAAGGCCAGCGAAGGUCUGGACUUUGCGGACACCUUUGGUCGGGGCGUCAUCAUCACCGGCCUCCCUUUCCCUCCGAAGAUGGACCCCCGAGUCAUCUUGAAGAUGCAGUUCUUGGAUGAAAUGAGUCGGAGGAAAGCUCCUGGGCUGAAGUACCUGUCUGGGCAGGAGUGGUACAAGCAGCAGGCCUUCAGAGCGGUGAACCAGGCCAUCGGUAGAGUCAUCCGUCACAAGGACGACUAUGGAGCCAUCUUACUGUGCGAUCAAAGGUUUAAAGGCGCCGGCGCGAGGGCCCAGCUUCCGUCCUGGGUCCGCCCUUACGUGCGUCUCUACGAAAGCUUUGGGAACGUGAUCCGGGACGUGUCCCAGUUCUUCAGGGUGGCGAACAAACUGAGGCCUGUGGCGGAGAAGAAGUCUGCAGCCCGGAGCCACGAGGCCGCCUGCUCCCCAGACACCCCGUCCCCCGCCGCCCCCUCCUGCUCCUCCUCCCAACGCACCAACACCCAGAAGGCGAAGCAGCUGGACGCCCACCUCCCGAGCCUGAAGAGGAGGAGACUCCAUGAGCACUCCGUGGCCAAUGGAAUGGCCAGGAUCUGCAUCGAGUACGAGUCUGAGGCGCAGGAGGGUCCGAGGAGACCGGCCAACCUGCUGGAUGCCCUGGAGCAAGGGGCCCACCGGGGGGGAGCGGCCCCCAAUGCCGUCGCCGGGGUAGAGCAGGCAAACCAUUUGUCCACGCUGUCUCUUCAAUGUGACAAGAGGAUGGCUGAUGAGCUGCGCGGAGGGAAACGUAAAAUCAAGCUGGUGCAGGAACAGAAGCCGCGUGCAUCGGCAGACGUCUCUGGGGACGGUUCCUCCGGCGGCAGGGUCAAGGCUUUCCUGGCAGAGAUGAAGAGGUCGCUGAGCCAGUUCAACUUUGAGCGCGUCAUCCGGGCUCUGCAGACCUACAAGAAGAGCGACGAGCUGGAGGCUCUGCUGGCUGGGGCCGCGGUCCUCGCCGAGGACGCCAACACUCACCGCCUGCUGCGAGGCCUCUACCAGUUCGUCCGCCCGCAUCACAAGAAGAGCUUCGAUGAGCGGUGCCAGCAGCUGACCGGCCGGGGCUGCGGAUACAAACCCGAUCACUCGCUGUCUGUGGAGGAGAAGAAGGCCCUGGUGCCGAGGAGCGCCGCUGUGGCGGUGAGCUCGUCUGCCUGCAGUCAGCUGGACACACAGCAGCUCAACAGAGGAGGAGCCCACCUGAACCAGCCGAGAGCCCCUGAGGCUGCCGCUGUGGCGGUGAGCUCGUUUGCCUGCAGUCAGCUGGACACACAGCAGCUCAACAGAGGAGGAGCCCACCUGAACCAGCCGAGAGCCCCUGAGGCUGGUUGCGCGUCGAAGAGGGACGUCCCCGCUGCCUUUCUGGCCGAUGUGAAGAAAGCAAUCGGAGAAGAGAAAUCCACUCUGCUCUUUCAGGCCCUGCAGAGCUACAAGAAGAGCGACAACUACGACGACAUGGUGGGCACAGUAGUGAGCGUAUUCACGGAGAGAGACGAGGACUUCAUCCUUCUGAUCAGGUUCAGCAUGUUUAUUCCUGCUCGCCAUAAGAAGCGCUACAGAGACAUGUUGGAUGCUUUACAAGGGCAGUCCGUCUCUGCUGCAGACGUUCCUGCCGUGAGGGAAGACCAGCAGAGACCAGUUUCGCCAUCAUCGCCUUUCAAGACUCAAAGCAAGAUUUCCAGUUUUUUCUCCGGCAGCCAAAGGAAGUAGAAUCUGACAUGCAGGAACAUUGUGUUUGUAUUUCAAAUAGCUCAAAAAUAGUCCUGCUUCCACAACCAUGAACUGCCCCGUCCUGCUGUGAGGCAGUAAUCGUGCAUCUGCAUCUGCUAUAUUCAAUGAAUGUGAUAAAAAUGUAUUAUGUUUUAAUGUUAUGUUUUUAUAUUUAUUCAGCUAAUUAAAUUCCUGAAAGCAGAGUUGCCUCACUGAC